CGGAACUAACAGCACUGAAAUGGCGCGCUGUGUUUCAACUAUUUAUCUGCUUUGUGCCGUCGUUCACCUGACUUCAGCUUUAACCGUUGAAAUGCCCCAAAAAAUCUAUGAAUUUGGCCGAGGUAAAGAUGCCACGAUGCAGUGCAACUUCAAACCUGACAAACCAGUCAACCCAAAAGUCACCAUCGAAUGGUCAGCUAAUGCAGAUAAUCCCGAUGACCCUAUGAUGAGUGUUCUUACAUACUACUAUGAUAGCACGGCCAGUGGACCUCCAAUCAUAGAUUACGGUGACGACUACAUUGACAGAGUGACUCUGCAGCCAGACAUUGCUGCGGGGACAGCGAUGCUAACGCUCAAGACUCUAACGGCGCAGGACAAUCGAACAUUCAACUGCAAAGUUACAAUCCCUGGUGAUGCUAAAGGAAAACAUGUGGCUUCCACCAAGCUGGUGGUUUUGGUGGCUCCUUCCAAACCGACCUGCACCAUCCAGGGUAAAACGGAGUUUUGGCAAAACAUCACCAUUACCUGCCUUUCCAAAGAGGGCACCCCAGACCCGACCUAUAAAUGGCAGAGCUUUGAUACUACUAGUAAUCUUCGACCGCUUCCCCUAAGGGCCACUGAUGUUAAAGGAGUUUUAUCACUUUACAAUCUUUCGACUGAGACCACCGGUUAUUACGUCUGCUCAUCAUCCAAUAAGAUUGCCACUGAAACCUGUAACGUGACUUUGGGUGUCACCUCAUCGUCCAUGCUCAGCACUGCGUCGACGGCAGGGUUAAUCGGAGCCGCUGUGGCUGCUCUCCUGUUCCUGAUCGUUCUCAUCUACUGCUGCUGCUGCCGCCGCAAGAAAGACGAAGAGUUUGAGGAGUGCGAAAUGGAAGCUCCAGAGGGUGAAGGAUUGACCGAUAAGGCGCCUCAGCAGCUGGAAGAUCUUCAAGACACGCGACUCGAGAGCAAACCCGACCGGCGCGACAAGUACGAAGAGCAAAGCGACCGAUUUGAAGAUCGCAGAGUUAACACUGACAAUCGGCAGGAGCGACCAGACGACCGGAGGAACGAUCGCUAUGACGAUCAGAGAAGUGAUCGCUAUGACGAUCGGAGAAGCGACCGUUACGACGACCGGAGAAGUGAUCGCCAAGAUGACCGAAGAAGCGACCGUUGCGACGACCGGAGAAGCGAUCGGUACGAUGACCGCAGGAGCGAUCGCAAUGAUGACCACUACGAUGACCGACGAAGCGACCGCUACGACGACCGAAGAAACGAUCGCUAUGACGAACCCUACGAUGACCGCCGUUAUGACCGCAGAGAUCGUUAGGACUCGCAGGUGAUUGCUAUGACGAUCGUGGUCGACCUCCCGACGUUUCAGCAAAUACGCUACCUAGUGGCUUAGUAUAAAUGGUUCUUUGAAAUUUGAAAACCUCACACAGUAAAGCAAAGUGAAAAGCAGCAGGUCUCCGGUUCUACUCCUCCAGACAUGGAUUGAACAAACUGUUGACUAAAAUUUAAACCCCAGCGCUGAUUCACUCUUCCUUUUUAUUAAGUUCUUUUUAGUCUUUUAUAAGGACCCAACUUGGUCUAAACUGUUAAUGUUUUAAUGAUUUGGGUUUUAACGGUGAUGGGUAACUGCUAAUUGCUAACUAUAGUAGAUGAGCUUUGCAAUGCCAAGGAAACAUCAUGCAAUACGGUGAAGCGGUCAUCUUGACCACAGAGCUUAAUGACUGUAAAACACUGACAGAAACCUGCAGAGAUCCGAGACUUUUGGAUCUUCAGUAUGGACCAUCAAUUGUUCUUUAUUGCUCUUAUGUAAUUAACACUGCUGUGUUUGCUAUUUUUGUGUGUUUGUAUUUGUGUGUAUGGCAA